AUGACAUAUACGGUGGGGGAUAGAAGAAUAAGUAUCGACAACGAUGAAUUAGAUGCCUCAGAAAAGGAGUUGAUACUAGCACACUUGAAAUUAUUCAAAUAUUGCCUAAAUAAUGCCUCAUACAAGUUUUUGAUAAGCCUGAAGAAAAUCGUACAUUUGUACAGUGAUAUCAUUACGAUAUACAGCACGUUGUUAAGAAAAGUACCCAACUACGAUGACAUCACACUUAUGACUAAUAGAACUCGGUUGAACUUGUUAAAAUUAGAAGAUGACUUCAAUAAGAUCCUCGGUGAUAAAUGUCAAGGCGAUCACUCGAACAAGGGAAAAUGGGAGGACAAAAACUACGAGGUAGAAGUCAAAAGGAUCUGUUUACUAUGCGUCGAGUCGUUGAACGAAAUUUUUGAGUUGAUAGUCAAGAAUUUGAACUGCAUCGAUGUUUUUUUCAACAGCUUCGAUAAUUUGAAAAAGCUUUUAAUACCGUUUUUGUCGAGCCAGACAAAAUCCAUACAAAAACUGAUGGUCAAGGCGUUGUAUCUAUUCAAGUUGACCACCAUAGUAGACGAGGUGAGCUCGAUAAAGGAACUAACACCCACCAUCAUCAAGCAAUUACGCAAAAUCGAGAAAAUCACCGGGGGGAUUGAACGAGAACUGAUUAUUCUUGACACUGCAUUUGUAACAUUUGAUCCGUCGUUGCAGCAAUAUACUAGCAUCUUACUCGGGAAGGCCAUUUUAAAGAGGGAUGUCGCUGACGCAGACUGUCAGAUCAUAAGGCGCAGAGAAGUAUGUUUCCAGGCUGCAGAGCAUGUGGUCAGCAUUCCCUUGACCGAAGAUCAGUCGUCCAAUCUCUCCAUGAAGCAUUUAGUUAAAUACAUCGUCUACAUCUGUAUUUUGUUGGCCAUCGUUCUGAGUUUGGUACUUUACAGGAUAGUCAAGGUCAUGGUUGGAUGA